GUGGUACUUUGGCAGAACAACAAUCAGCCUCUGGUGCGUACCGCUGAACGGUUUUUCGACGUCGUUUCUCAAAACCAGUGGCGCGAAGUGAAACAUAUGAGUUUCCCGCUUAACCCUCGAAACCAGAGUCAAUUUUCAAACCAUACCCCUCUCUCAGUCUCACUCUUUCUUUCUUUCUUCUUUUUCUGCUUCUGUGGUUACAUCGCAGCAAUCCAUGGAGCCACCCGCAGCGAAACACGGCUCCCUGUGGAACAUUCUAGUUCGUCUCUUCUCCUUCGCCGUCCUCAUCUUCGCCGCGAGAUUCGCCAUCAUCGUCACCGUCCGCGGCGGAACCUGCGACUCCGCCGAUUUCUGCUUCUUCUCCGACAACCUCACUCUCUCCGCCACCUCCCGCAUCUCCGACGCCGAAGAUCCGUAUUCCGGCAUGAACUGGCGCCGCUCCGUCGAGCACUACGCCGCCGUCUUCCAGGACCUCAUCGCCGAGGGCUUCCUCUCCCCGAACUCCCGCGCUCUCUGCAUCGACACUCCCUCCGGCGAGGACGUCCUCGCGCUGAAAGAGGUCGGCGUCAUCGACUCCGUCGGAAUCUUCAAGAAACCGUCGCCGCCGCUAAUCCUCCACGGCGACCCCCGCCGACAUCCGUUCUCCGGCGACGCCUUCGACUUCGAGUUUUCCGGCAACGGCGGCCUGGAGCGGUCACCUCGGCCAGCCGAAUUCGCCGCCGAGGUCUGCCGCACGCUCCGUCCCGGCGGCUUCGCAGCAGUCCACGCGGCGGUGAGAGAUGCUUACAGCUUCGACUCUUUCCUUGAACUGUUCAAUUGCUUUGAACUGAUCAGAACACGAGAAAUCAACAGUGUUGAUUCAUCUCCGGUUCUUGAAAUUUUGAUGAAGAAGAAAAACAAAAACCCUAAUUUCGAAAUCAAAACCCUAAUCAGUGGCAAUUUCGUGAAAAAGUGCUCUGUUAAGGGUUACAAACGUGAAAUAGUUGAAAAUGCAGAGGCAUUGAUAGAGGAAGAGCCAUUGAAACCUUGGAUUAUACUGAAGAAAAUUGUGAAGAACAUAAAGUACUUAACUUCUUUGGUUGACAUAAGCUUUAAGAAUAGGUAUGUGUAUGUUGAUGUUGGAGCUAGAAGCUAUGGUUCAAGCAUUGGAAGUUGGUUUAGGAAACAGUACCCAAAGCAGAAUAGAACCUUUGAGGUUUAUGCAAUUGAGGCUGAUAAGUCAUUUCAUGAAGAUUAUAGGGAAAAGAGAGGGGUCACAUUGUUGCCCUAUGCAGCAUGGGUGAGGAAUGAGACAUUGUUCUUUGAGAUCACCAGAGACCCAAUCAAGAAUGUGAUGAUGAGAGGGAGAGGAAUGGGGAGGAUCAACCCUGUGCAAACCUCUUCUAGCCAUAUGGGUGAUAAGGACAAGAUUCAGGGUUUUGAUUUUGCAGAGUGGCUCAUGAGCACUGUUACAAAGAGGGAUUUUGUGGUGGUGAAGAUGGAUGUGGAAGGGACCGAGUUUCAUCUCAUACCAAGGUUGAUUCAGACUGGGGCUAUUUGUUUGAUUGAUGAGCUUUUUCUUGAGUGCCAUUACAAUAGGUGGCAGAGAUGCUGCCCUGGUCAGAGAAGUGCAAAGUAUCACAAGACCUAUUCUCAGUGCUUGGAUCUGUUUACUUCACUUAGAAAUUAUGGAGUUCUUGUACAUCAAUGGUGGUGAUAACUGAUAACUGAUAACCCACUACAAACAUAGUAUUUUUUUCACUGCUGUUCUAUCAUUCUUUGUAUAGAUAUAGACAUUCUUUUUUAUUGUUCUGCACGGUGUAGGUAGGAUCUUACACAAUUAAAUUGGUUCUUUCUUAUUCUUUUCCGUCCAUAGUCAUGCCUGCAAAUGAAGGUUUGAGUAAUGAGUUAACGAAAGAUUUUGUAUAUUCUCUUCAUAUCUUCAA